AGCCUUAACAUCGCUUUGUAGCUUUCUCAAUAUACAUCGGAAGAACAUUAGGGUUUCCCAAGUCUUCUCGCUUGUCAUCGGAGAUGGUUCUUCAAAACGAUAUUGAUCUGCUAAACCCACCUGCCGAGCUUGAGAAGAGGAAGCACAAGCUCAAGCGUCUUGUCCAGUCCCCUAACUCCUUCUUCAUGGAUGUGAAGUGCCAAGGUUGCUUCAACAUAACUACUGUAUUCAGCCAUUCUCAAACAGUAGUUGUUUGUGGAAACUGCCAGACAGUGCUUUGCCAGCCAACUGGAGGGAAGGCCAGGCUCACAGAGGGUUGCUCCUUCCGGCGGAAAGGCGACUAAAAGGGGAGUACUAGGUGAUCAGUGUUCUACUUUUUUCCUUUUUUAAUAUACUCUCAUUUGGUUCCCUAAUGAAAGCAACCUAUGAAAGGAAAAUUCUGAGUCCUUGUUUUAUUUUCUACUGCUAUUUUCUCUGUA